AUGGACCAACUCCACACAGAAGCACGAGAGGAGGAGAAAGCGGAGUACGAGUUCGCCAUCGUCCCAUUCCCCUUCUUCCAGCAGGGUGAACCCCUCUCUGAACCUGAGAGGCGCGAACUGCUGUUGGCGGCCUCGGCCAGGCAUGACGCGAUUCAGCUGGCGAGCGCCGCACGUGUGCCGAAGCCACUGACGGGGCUGGAGAAGGGGGCAAGGGCCAAGUGGCACAAGGAGCUCAACCUGGACCCGCCACAGCCAAAGCCACACCCGUGGCUGGACCCCGACCUCCCCCUUUCCGACGCCGAAAGGCGCCAGUUCGCGAACGAUGUGGAGGAGCUCAACUUGUCGUAUUUCGGGGGUGACCGACUGCCCAGUGGCGUGUGGAAGCUGCGUAACCUUCGCAAGCUCACCUGCUAUCGCUCCGCCAUUGGGAAUCUGCGAAAGUUGAACGAGUUCGUGCCCUACACGAGCUACAACUUGCACUGGCUGCCCUACGAGGUCCACGACACCAGCCUCCCCAAGGCACACAUCUCGCGUCGUGCGAUGUACGGCUACUCCAACAGUCUACCACUCCCAAGGCUGGCUCCCUUCCCCACAGGUGCGAAGUCGCUCCAGGAGAUGGCCGCACGCGUGGUGGUGUCCAACUGUCUGGACGAAAGCAAGCUCACCGCCGUCGUGGUCGACUACAUCAACUCGGCCAACCGCUGCUCCUAUUGUCACGAGCCAUACUGGGAGACGAGCUAUCAGUGCUGGUCGAUCUGGUCGUGCGACCGGGUGCCGCUGCUCGCUCUCGUGUGCUCGCGUCAGUGCGUGGCCCGCCUGGCCAAUCGUGUUGUACCCGAAGCUGCAACGUAA